AUCUAUUUUCAGAUUACAUUCUAAUUAGUUACAUGCUGAUAGUCGACUUAUAAAAGCGAAUAGCAUAAAUAUGCAUUUGACAACUUCGGCGAAAUCUAAUAAUCUGUGUUACAAAGGGACUGAGAGCUUGAGGGACGAACUUUACCGGGGAGACGACGUGCUUUUACUGGAUUGUAGGGGCAACGAAGAGUACCGCAGUGGCCACAUCAAGGGAGCAUAUAAUAUUAUACUUCCCCAACUUAUGCUUCGCAGGCUCAAGGCCAACAAGUUACCUCUGAAAAAUUUAGUUCCGCCAACACUCAAACAAGAAAAGGAAGCAUUUUUAGCUAAAACUUCGACACAUCUUGUGAUAAUUUACGACCAAUAUUCGAACGAAGUAAACAGCAACGAAUCUGACUUGCCGAUUUUACUUCACAACAGAAUGUCUCACGAAGGCUGCCGAGUUGCCAUUUUGAAAGGUGGUUAUUCCAGAUUUCAUGCUGAUCAUCCAGAAUUCUGUUCGAAUGUGAACGAAUCCCAAAUGAACGAUGAUGCUGACGACGAAGACGGAAACAGCAGCAGCGGGUCUCACAGCGCCGACGAUAGUUCACAAAGAUCACCCACAAAUGGACGGUGUCAACCCCCAGUUUUGGGACUUGGAGCAUUGCGAUUAUGUGACCCAAGUCCACCACAGCCCAUCGCAGUUGCUUCGCCAAAACUUGCCAAUAUUGAAGGCGGUGGAUUAUUAGCAAGAAGAUCCCGUCGUAAUGGUCGCAAAAUUCCAGCCCCUCUUACAAUCAAUAGCGAAGGAGAAUCGGAAAACACAAACAGCACUGCUUCUUCGGCGUCAGAAGUCGCGCCCUCAAACACUCCUUUGUCAUCAUCAUGUCCCGAGCAAAAGCCAUGCCAUAAGUUUCUUACUAAGCUGCCAAAUACGAACUCAUCCACGUCACCAUCAUCGUUUCCAACCUACGGUAACGCGACCGCUCCCGUGGAAAUACUACCAUCCCUAUUUCUUGGGUGUGCCCGGGACUCGGCCAGUGCCGAAAUAUUGGCAGAGUACAAUAUCACUUAUAUUUUGAACGUGACUCCUAAUUUGCCGAACGUUUUCGAGAAAGAUCCAAAUUAUCAUUACAAGCAAAUCGCAAUAUCGGAUCAUUGGAGUCAAAAUUUGUCUCAAUUCUUCCCAGAGGCUAUCAGUUUUAUUGACGAAGCAAGAUCAAAAAAUUGCGGUGUUUUGGUCCACUGUCUUGCUGGAAUCAGUCGUUCCGCGACUGUCACGGUUGCGUACUUGAUGCAAAAGAAUAACUGGUCUCUCAACGACGCUUACGACUUCGUUAAACAGCGAAAGAACAACGUUUCACCAAAUUUCAACUUCAUGGGACAACUUCUAGAUUUCGAAAAGACUUUGGGAGUUUGUCAAGAAGCAGUAGAUAGCGGAAUAUCGUCAUCAUCGUCUUCAAACUCACCGCCGACAUUGUUUUUCACGUCACCGCCACCGCCGACUCCGUCAGCUCUUCCAGUCUGUACCAGUAAUGGAGUAAUGUCAUCUUGUGCCAGCGGGUCUGGAUCGGCACACAAGGAGCACAGAAGCGUCUUUUGCCUUCCAACACCAAUGUCAUGAACGAGCUUCACCAGCUAAACUAAAGAAUCCUGAAACGACGCAAAACGUCAGAUGAGCGCACGGCGGGAAAAACUUGAUACAAACCAUGUGACAAUGGUUGGGAUAUGCACUGUGUAAGGCGAAUGAAGAUGAAAUUUUGUCGUGGACAGCUUGUUAAACAAACUAUACAUUCUUUGACAAGAGAAGGUAGACCUUUGUUUAGGUUUGCCAACUCGCCAACAAUAGAGACGAACAGAACACUUAGAUAGGAUUAGUUAAAGUUAUCACUCAACAAUGCAUUUUAGAAUAGAUGACAAUUAUGGGCUCAAGUUAAAAUCGCCCUUAACCGAUAAAUAUUAUUAUGCACUUGAAUAUGAUUUUCGAAAAAUUCAGUUUAUAGGCCGUGCCAAAUUCUUUUGAAUUUCAAUAAAGUGCUUUUUCUUCUUAAUUUUCGCCUACCCUGUAAAAGUUCGAUUCUUUAUUUUUACUUCGUUGUGCUUGUUCAUUAUUUUAUUUUAUGUUGAAUUCUCAACUGAUCGUAUCUUUAUUUCAAACAAACAUAGAAUCUUUUUUGAUAUUAUUACUUUUGUGCUGCUUAAUCAAUUUAGUACAAUUAUUUUAUUUACUGCUAUUGUGACAUAAUUUCUGAUACAGUUUCCCUCACUAAACCAAUUACAGAUUUAUUUCAAAUUGAAAAAAAAAGUCGGCGAGGUUGAAACAAAUUGACUUUUGAUAUUCAAGGCCAAUUGCCGCUGGAUUCGGAGACAGUCGCCACUCCACCACGUCAUUAACCCUUCUUCGGGGGAUAAAUAUUGUUUUGAUUUUUGACGAGAUUCUCAUUUUGGCAACCAGCCUUUUGGCUUUUCCUAAAACCAUGGCAUACUGGAUCACAAAUUAUUUUUAUUGUUAUUCUUAUCAUUGCUAUUACGAUAAGUCGCUGUAAUAAUUUUCUUUUAUGUUUAAUGCGAAUGAAAUGUCUUAUUUUCCAGCUUGUUCUCGCGAAUGACUUAUUGAAUUAACUCGAAUAAAUUAUCUACUGCAAACUGA